CGCCGCGUCCUUAAGGACGUCAUUGUUCAACGACGCAUUUGAGUGCGCACGAGAAUAUACGUUCUUCCGCAGUCAUGAAGCUGCUCGCUAUCCUCACCGUCCUCGCCGUGCUGGCUUACGCUUCGGCCAACACGCUGCCGGCUUACGCUUCGGCCAACACGCUGCCGGCUGUCUACGACGGGCCUACUUACGAAUUGACGGCAAUCGAGGAUCCGGCGAACGACGAGAUGGAGUCGAAUCUGCCGCCCAUCCGGAACCGGCGCGUGACCUGCGACCUUCUGUCCUGGCAGUCCAAGUGGCUGAGCAUCAACCACAGUGCCUGCGCGGGCAAAUGCCUGGUGCAGGGUCGCCGGGGUGGUCGCUGCCGCGGCGGCAUCUGCGUCUGCAGGCAUUAAAGCGUUGUGCUCGCCCUCGAAUCGUCCGCGACGACCGCGACCUCCCGGCCAACGCAACGUCCCAUGGAUCCCGCAACCGGGCUAUCGCACCCGCCGUCCCACAGUAUUCUGUAUUGACUACGUAUUGGUGAACGCCGUCGCGUAUUGUAUGUAAUCCGAAUUAAUAUUCAUGGGAGAUCACGAAGGGACAUGGUUUAAUCACCCGAUCGAUAGUCCUGGCCUCGAUUGUCCCGCCGCGCGAAUUUCCGCCGAAAGGGAUAACGUCGUUAUUAACGAUAAUUAUUUUAAUCACUCUCUCGCGCGCGUCGCUAUCGAGCGUGUUGAUGGUAUAAGAACAAAAGUUCUUGUUCGCGUCAGGCGACGGAUCGUUUCAAGGGAAAUUGACGAGUACUAAUAUCGACGUUAUUAAUGGAAGUUAAUUAAAUUGUUUAUCGUAAUGGCAUCGUGAUAGGAAAUUUGUAUAACAUUUGUCAGUCGUCUCUCGUCUCUCUAUGGCGCGCGCAUAAAAUCUCGGUUGAACCAAAUGUAGUCUUGUGAAAGUUAUUGUGAUGAAUGCAUUGAUAUUGAUAUCGAAUAGUCAUACUAUUUAUAACAUAUAUUCCAAAUAAAACCUAUUAGAUAUCGGUCAUCGCAUCGAUACCUACAGAUUUUUCACCUGUGUACUUCAUAUUCUAUAAUUCAUUAUUAAACGUAAUGCAAGUAUA